AGGGCAUAAUAAAAAAAUCUCAGACGAUUCCCCUCAGACUCAUCCACUCCCAACCACUUGCCAGAAAUGUGCUCAGCCAUUGAAACCUUAAACCCCAUCUUGAAUUACCCUUCAAGAACCAACCCUUUUCAGCGAAAACUUCAGAAUUCCCAGCCAAGAUUUAAUCUUCGGGAUCCACCCACAUACAGAAUGACUUCCCCUUCAUCUUUUCUUGGAGGGUUCAACUUGAGAAUCAAGGCUAAUGAUAAUGUUGAUGCUUCUGGCGAUGAUAGUGGUAGUGGGAUUUGUACACUGAUGGAGUACAUGGGGAAAAAUGGGGUAAAUGUGAGUGAUGAAUUGGCGGUGUUGUUCAUUCAUUUGGAGUGUGCUUGCAAGAGGAUUUCUGCUCUUGUGGCUUCACCUUUAAACUACAGUAUUGGGAAAAGUUUCAAUGUUUCAGUUGGCAGCGCUGAAAGAGAUAAACCGAAGCCUCUUGACAUUGUUGCGAAUGAUAUCAUAUUAUCUUCUCUGAAAAAUUCUGGAAAAGUUGCUGUGAUGGCCUCUGAAGAAGAUGAUGCUCCAGUUUGGCUUGCAGAUGAUGGCCCUUUUGUGGUGGUUUUAGAUCCUCUAGAUGGUUCCCGAAAUAUUGAAGCCUCUAUUCCUACUGGAACAAUCUUUGGUAUUUAUAACCGGCUUGUGGAACUAGAUCACCUGCCAGUGGAGGAGAAGGCAGCCCUUAAUUCCCUCCAGAGUGGGAAUAAGCUUGUUGCUUCUGCCUAUGUCCUUUAUUCAUCAGCUACUAUACUAUGCACCAGUUUUGGGUCUGGAACGCAUGCUUUUACCCUGGACCAUUCAACGGGAGAUUUUGUUCUCACACACCCAAACAUUAAAAUUCCACCACGAGGACAAAUCUAUUCUGUCAAUGAUGCACGGUAUUUCGACUGGCCUGAAGGUUUGAGGCAGUAUAUUGAUACUAUAAGACAAGGCAAGGGCUUACACCCUAAGAAAUAUUCAGCGCGAUAUAUAUGUUCCCUUGUUGCUGAUUUCCAUCGUACUCUCCUAUACGGAGGAAUUGCAAUGAAUCCUAGGGACCAUCUUCGUCUUGUCUAUGAAGCAAAUCCACUCAGUUUCCUAGCAGAGCAAGCAGGGGGAAGAGGUUCUGAUGGUAAAAGUAGAAUAUUGUCUCUCCAGCCAGUUAAGCUACAUCAAAGACUUCCUCUGUUUCUGGGGAGUCCAGAUGAUAUUGAAGAAUUAGAGAGUUAUGGGGAUGUUCAACAGAAAGUAAACCCAGGAUAUGAAGUCUAAAGCAGCAGAAAUUCUAUGUUUUUCUGUGCUAAUGUUGAAUUAGUUCCGAGAUUUCUAUUCAAUUGCAUUACAUUUCUUGGAAUAGGAUAUUCUCUCCAAUGUCUGUGUUUUGUAUCCCAGAAAAGAUUGUAUAUUAUAGAAUUGUAAAAAUUUGUGAUCAUAUAAAUGCCAUGUCCUGUAUUCUCCCUCUAAAUGUAUGGAAGUUCUUACAUGACCAAACAAGUUUGUAUUGUACAGUGAAGCCUUGCUUAGCAAAGGAUUUCCAUUAGAUUCAGGUGGCUAACUUGUUAUUCCUUG